AUGCAUUUGAAUUCUUCGACAUACACUAAUAUGCAACAACAUCUGACUUUAAAGGUUAGAAGACGUAAAUUCAUGAAUAAUGCAAACAAUAGACGCUAUUGUUCAUACUGUAUCAGAAACUACAAGUUCAGAGCAUCCAUAACAUCCGAAAUGAACGGUGAACAGAAUUUGAAUCCGCUGUUUUUUCGGAAAUUUUCACCGCGUUCACCACGUUCAAUAAUUGGACCUCAAAACGAAGUUUCUUUAUUCAAUAAAACUACAAAUAUGAUACCUACAUUUAUGCUACCAACACUAUAUAGUGUACCAGUUAGAGCGGUUUCUAUACAUUCAUCUAAUUUAAUUCCAUUAUCGAGUGGUAACAUGCUGAACGAGUUCAACCAAGCAACACUUCUGCAUUAUCAGUGUAAUGUUGUACAAAUUAAAUAUGGCAUUGUACAAAUAAAAGUAGAUGAUGAUCAGUCAAAGUGGGAACAAACAAUUACAUUUACAGGAUUACAAGUAACUGAACAAAAGAUUCGUUAUAUUAGCCUUGUAGCUCAACCAGAUAGUAUGCAUACUGCUUUUAACGAUCGCAUACAUUUGACUUGUUCUAUAAACUUGGAAAGAUCAAAUAUAGUAAGAUUAGUUUUGCCAGUGAACUUUAUUCGAAUUCAUAUAAGCAUCACCGUAAACAGACCUCUUUUAAUUUAUGUAAGUUCUGUCAGUGAUAAAAUAAAUCCGCCUCUUACUGGUAUGGAAGGUCGUACAGCACGAUUGGAUUCAAGGUAUUUAGAAGUUAGAGUUGAACCAGAGGAGAAAGAUUCACUAAUAUGGUUUACUUUAACAAAAAUUCCGAUUCAUGGACAUUUGUUUCUCAUUAAUAGAAGCAGUCAUCAGACAUAUACAAACAAGGAGUUGGAUGAUAAAAUUUAUCUCGGUGUUAGUUCACAAUUUACACAAGAAGACUUAAGAAUGGGAAAUUUAUUUUAUACCUUUCGCCGUGUACUGGAUGAUAGUACGGAGAAAAUUUCAGAUAUAAGUUCAAAACGUUUCAGUCUGGUGGAUGAAUUCAAAUAUCGCGUUCAUGUGGAAGGAGCUCAACCUAAGACAGUUUAUGAUUUUAGAAUAAUUAUCAACAAAAUAUCAAGCACUUCUUCAAUACCUACUGUUAAAUUUAGUCCUACGAUUAUUAACAGAGGAGCAGUUGUAGAGGAAGGUGGAGAUCUAAUUCUAACACCUGAAUUAUUUUAUGCUAAACAUUCACAAUGUCAAAACAAUUCUUUACUAAAGUCAUCUGAUGAAUUAUUUCAGGAAUAUGAUCUUUACUUUAAAAUUCUCUCAUUACCUGAUCAUGGCACAUUAAUAAUAAAAUCACCAUUCAAUUCAACUUUGGCAAAUUUAAUUCAUUUAGCAGAAUAUAACCACAGAUUGGUUAAUUAUAAUUUGUUAAUGUAUCGUCAUAACGAUGAAGAAGAGUUUAAGGAUAGUUUUCAAUUUCAAUUUUUUUGCCGCCAAACACCUCAUAGCCAUUCUUCUGACGGCGCUAAUGAAGAUAUAACCAAACAUUUAACAGGAUUAACACACACGUCAAUAGAUGAACUAUUUGGUCAACCGGUUACUUCUAUUUUUCGGAUUCGUAUUAUUCCAGUGAAUGAUAAUCCUCCAAACGUAUAUGUAACUCCUCUUUUUGUUGAAUUUAACAAAACAAAUAACACAUUAAUUAGAUCAUUUAAAAUAAUAGAUAAAGAUAAAAGUUUCCAGAACGAUCAGUAUGUUGAUAAGAAUAACGAUAAUAAUGAUGAAUUGGUUUAUAAAAGGGGUGACUUUUGGAUUUAUUGGGAAGAAAACACAAAAUUUCACAGAAAAGAUAUUAUAUAUCCAGGUUUAGGAUAUUUCUUUCAAAAUCCUGGUAUGACAAUCAGACGACGUUUUAAAUAUUCUGAAAUAACUAAUGGUCUUAUUAGCUUUAAACAUAUGGGACUUCCUACCGGUCAAAUGAAUCUUAAAGUAAUGGAUGGAAGGUUUACUGUUUCUAAACUAUUAACAAUCAAUGCAACUAGGCCAAGUUUUCUUGUAUUGCAGCCAAGUCGUAUAACACUGAGAUCAAAUGGAAGAGUUUUCAUUCCCAUUGAGGUGAUAACGAACGUUCAUCUUGAUCCAAACCAUAUACAAAUAAACGUUAUUCGCUCUGGGUGCUUUGGGAAUUUGGUGUUACUUGGUUUACCUGAUCAGCCGACAAAUUGGACAUACAAUGAUUUAUUACAGUUCCCAAUGUAUUAUAAAUAUAUCGGAUCAUGGAGUCAAUCAAAACAGCAAAAUAUAACAACACUUAACAAUGCUACACGUAGUCUCUACUGUAAAUUACUGUAUUCAAGUAAUAAAGACAAUUUCGUUGCAUUACAGUCAGACGAAGUUUAUCUGUUUGUCAGUACUACAUUCUCUGGCCAUAUAUUACAUCAAGAAGUCAAGUUAUCCAUUUCAUUGAAUCAGCUUAAAUUAUGGAAUGAUAUAGAUAAUAAUGAAGAAAGUGAUUUCAAAUUUACGACAGAAGAAUUAACUGUCGAAACCGGAAAGAGUGUUGUCGUGAAACCAGAUUAUCUUUCAAAAAAUAACGAUACGCGAAUUUUUUCGCAAUUACCAAUAAUUGUAAAUCAGGCUCCUCAAUACGGGAUACUUCAACUUUUCACUGCAAAUUUCAAAAUGUCACCUAUUAAAUAUUUUACAUUAGCUGAUCUAUUUUCUGGAAGAAUAUUGUACAAGUCAUUGACAAAUCGAUUGAAUACAAUACAAAAACAUAAUAAACAAAUUGUAUUAGUUAAAGACUGUAUGACAGUUGUUUUAUAUAAUGGUCAAUUUCAAUAUGAAAUGAACAAUUCCAUAUUAAAUCAGCUGAAUAAUGAGACAGAAAUUCAAUCAAAACAAGUGAUCUGUAUUUCAAUUAUGCAAAAUGGCUUAGAUGUAAAACAUUGGAAUUUAGCCCUGGAAGCAAAAAACUAUAGGUCAUUGACUGAUUCAAAAUUGGCACCAAUCUUAAACAAAGAAAAUCCUGUGAGACAUGAUGAACCAUUCAUAGAAAAAAAUAUGCAUAGUUUUUCAAUGACGAGUAAAGAUACCGAAUAUGAUAUGAUUCAGUUAGCGGGUGGUAUUUUAGAAUUGGAUCCACCAUAUACACAAGAUAAAAAAUUCAGUAUCAGCAGCAAUAAUAAAUACAACGGGGAUUACAAUAAAAAUAUAAAAACAUUGUAUACAGUGAAAAAUGGACCAAGUUAUGGUUUAAUAAUUUCAAAGAAGCUUAAUCGAACAGUUCGCUUAUUUUCUGAUGUAGAUCUUGCUACUAAUGAUAUAUAUUAUCAAAAUUUUGGAAACAAGUCAAUAUCUGAAGACUCAGUGGAUUUAACUGCACUGGAGCUUACAACAGAAACAAUGACAGUUAAUCCAGUCAAAAUUAAGUUUACUGUAAAUGAAAUGAAUCCUCGACCAUAUUUAAAAGCUUGUGGACCAAUGCGCAUUUUAACCGGUUCAUCAGUUGUUAUUCAUACGGAUUACUUGAAUGCAGCAUUAACAAGUGGGUUUAAUUCUGAUCAAAUCACUUAUGAAAUCUUGAAUAUACAUCAAGGUCAUUUAGUGUUUUUAAACAGUUUGUCCGUUAGCCUGAAUACAUUCAAACAAAUAGAUCUUCAACGAGGACAUGUUGCAUUUGUUCAUAGUGGUUCACAGAAAAGUACGGCUUGUGGUUUCACGUUUGUUCUGGUGUACAACUUAUAUCGAUCUGAACUGUAUCAAUUUCAAAUAAUUCCUGGUACAGUAGAACUGAAUGUCAUAAGUAAUAAAACAUUACUAGUUUUUCCUAAGGGAUUUGAAAUAUUUACUCCUUACCAUCUGAAUACUCAAAUUAAGUUCACUGCCCUGAAAUCCUUGGAUUAUGAAUCUAGUUCAAAUGCACUGAAGGACAACAGUCUGUCAUCUACUUCAUCAUCAUUUUCGUCUUUACUGAAAAGUCGGUGCGAUCUUGAGAGGGAGUUGGAUCUUUAUGUGGUAUACAAGGUCUUAUCAAAGCCUACACAUGGAUCAAUAAUUAGGUUCAGUGUCGGAGAUGGAAAGCAAUCACCUAUUUGGAAUGAUAGCAUAACUGAAUUCACUCAGGAGGAAAUCAUCUUAGGAACAAUAGCCUAUCGAUUUCAUCCUAAUAAAUGGCCUAUAGACAGUAAAAAAUUUACACUAUUCCAGUAUAAUUCUGAUAUUGAAGAUGAAUAUAUUAUCAGUGCAAGUAUUAUAAAACGAAUCACCGCAUUUAAUAAAAACAAUGAGGAAAAUUACAAUUACAACAAUGUAAAAAAUAAUACUAUCAAUGAUAAAAUAAAUUAUUAUGAUAAUACCAAACAUUUAACAUCUCAAAUAAUAUUUGGUUCAAUUUCCAUAUCAAAUGAUUACAUUUUAAGAUAUAAUCAACAUCGUCUAUUGAAUAUCAAUCCUUUAAUUGUACAUAAUGGUCAGACAAGCGAAAUUACAUUCAAUCAUAUUAAUGCUAAUCCGAUUCGAGAAUUUUUAAUCAAUAAUAAAUCAGAGAGUAAAAGUCUCAGAAUUGUAAAGACUCCUAAACAUGGAACUCUUUGGUUAGGAUCACAAAACAUGAAAACUGGUAGUAUUAUUCCUGGUUUAUUAAGUGGAAUGUUGUCGGAAAAACUAAUUUAUCAACAUGAUGGCUCAUUAACGAAAGAAGAUAGUUUCGAAUUAUUGGUAAAUCGACUGAAUUUCUCCUGGACUAUUUAUGAACUACCGAUUGUAUUUCCAAUACAAAUUGUACCUAAUCUAAAUACAUCACUUAAACUAAUUUAUCCAAUGAUUCAGGGGAAUAGAAAUAAUCUUUUUACCAAGAGUAACUCCUUAAUUACAGUUGAAAUGAACGAUUAUGUAACUAUUACAAAUGAACAUUUAUAUGUCCAGCAUGAAUUUAUUCAGCCACAGUUUAUUUACAUACAAUUUAAAAUCUUGCCUAAAUAUGGUAAACUAUACUAUUCAUAUAAUUCAUUUAAACAAGAACAUGAUAUUUUAAUACCUGAAUGUGAAACAUUAUAUACAAUUACUCAAAAUGAUAUCAAUCUUCAAAGACUUAGAUAUUUUGCAAAUAAUGUUGAUGGAAACAAACAAGAUCCAAAUAAAGCUGUAUACGAUUCGGCAACAUUCGAGGUGUAUCAAAAUGAAUAUCCUAAUUUACAAAUGAAUAAAUUAAAUGGUAUUUUGGAAUUUCAAAUUAUACUAGGUAAUUUAAUGUCAAACAGGUCAGUACAACUUAGUCUGUUACAAAAUGAAACAAAACUGUGGCUUGAUGCAGAAAUGUUACAAAUGCAAUCAAGUAAAUGGAGAAACUAUCAACACAAUUAUCAGGCAAAUCUUUUGACAUUCUUUCGUAUUCAACAACUGCCUAGUAAUGGCAAAGUGUUUGUUGAUACAAUACCUGUAUAUAGAUUCAGUUACACUCAGUUAAAACAGAAGCGAGUGUAUUAUGAAAAGACAAAUUUCUCAACACCACAUGAUUUAUUUAUCAUUGAAGUUGAAAAAAUCGUCUGUGGAACUUCUUUGAAAACUCGAUCAAAUAUCUUUAAAUGGUUAACUGAUGAUAGGUUGAACUUUAGUUAUCAAUCAUCUAGUGAACGCUCAUCGUAUAUCACUCUUACUGUGAAUAUAAUUGUUAAGUCGUUGAUUUCCAUUGAUACACUUUAUGUCACUCCUGGAAAAAUUACUAAAAUUAAUGCAGAAAACUUAAAAAUCAAUGAACUCUAUGAACUUCUGCAAAAACAUGACAUUCCAAAUAUAAAGCUAACUAAGAACAAUGAUAAGACCAUGUCAAUUACAAUGUUCACAUUUCCAACAGGGACAAUGUUAAAAUCAGGGAGAUUUUAUACUAAUAACCGAUUAGUUAUUUCAAGUGGUUAUUUAGAUGAUAAAUUAUCUAGUUCAGUUAAUAUCAGUUUACAAGAUUUUCUGUCAAACAAUGUUUAUUUUGAAGCAUAUCAAGUGACUAAUGGAAGUGUAGAAAUUUAUGAAGAAACUAUUCCAUAUAUAUUUACUUUAGGAAAUUUUCUUACUCCACAAAUGUAUUACAUCUAUUCAGAUCCUAUUUUUGUACAACCAGGUUAUGGAGAUUUUAAAGUUUCAAUGAAAAACAUUUUAUUUUCCCCAAGAGCUAUUAAUAAUCUUACUAAUAAUGGAAAUGGAAAUGGAAAUGUUCCAGCUUCAUCAUCUUCAGUAGUAUCGUCAACAAGCAAGGUAGAUAUGCUGAAUGAUAUUUCUAGACAAUCUGGUCCCGGAAGAAUUGCAUUCACAGUUGCAGGACUCGCUUUAUCUUUAGCAUUUAUUUCAGUUGUAAUAAUAUGUUCAGUUGGUUGUUGCAUAUAUAAGCGCAAGAAUAAAACAAAUAAAGACAUAUCAGAUAUGUCAAGCCAACCAGAAAAAAAGGCAUCUACCUCUUUCUCAUUGACGAUGAACACACUAACAAGAGGAAAUAUCAAUAGUCCAAAUAAGUAUAUACUUAAAUCAAGUCAUGAUUCAAUUGAAUUAUGUCCACUACAUGAAAUAAAUAAGAAUGAGAAACCUAACUCCGACAAACAAGUCAAUAGUCUUACAUUGUCAAAUAAAUCAUCGAGAGUUACCUUUGAUAACAAAGUUAAUGUUAGUCCCAUCAUUCCAGUAGAAUCGUCAAUAUCAUCAGCACAGAACUAUUCAUGCAGUUGUGACUUUAGCGGAGCGGUUGUUUACUGGACUACAGACAUGGAGACUGCUACUGCUGUGCCGUCCAUUGGUUGUCAGAGUGAUAAUAACUUUAUAAAUUGCAGUAACUAUAGCAGCAAUCCUACAUUUCAUUUCAUUUCCACAAACGAUGAAAUAAUUUCACAACCACCGAUAUUAUCUUCUUCAAUGUCACCAAAUAUUUUACAAACACAACAGCACACAACGCAGUUUUCUGGUCCAGUUCUUCUAGCUCAGCUUCCUACAACUAGUUUGAAUUUACCACAUUUAACAUUCUUAUCCCCAUCUGAUGCCACCAAUCAAAUUAACAUGAACAUUGUUCCAUUGGAGUCACAGUUUCCAAAUGUCAGCCUAUUUGAGAAUGACAAAUAUAAUUUGAAAAUGAAAGUUGAUAGUCAACAAAUUAACUCCGAACCCACCGAACAUGAUAGUCUAAAAAUAAUUGAUAAAGUAACUGAAUCACAUUUAGAUAACUCGUUGUGUAAUGAAAAUCAGAAAUGUAGCAGUACAAAUACACCGUUAACUUGUGUUCUAAACACUAUCUAUGGUAAAGGUUUCGAUAUCAGUUAUAUAAAUGAAGCGGUUUGA